AGCCAGCGAAGAAACAAGUUACUGGACACAGACAAGCACUUAGCAGGACUGAAGUAGGGAGCGAGCUGCACGGGGCGAGAAGAGGAAAAGCACGCCAGCGACGGAGGCUCGCUGCCUCGCUCCGCCUUAGAUCUACAGCUUCGACCCCUCCGUCUCCCCGAUCCGAGGAGCCCCGCGCAAUCUGCAACAAUAAACUGAUUUUGUUGAUUCAAGCUUUAUCUGUAGAGAACCACCAUAACCUGGUGCAUUCGCACCAAGAAAACUGUCUGCCUGAUCAAUAAGUUCUAUUUGAGCUGUAAAUGGCUGUCACAGAUACUCAAAAUCCUUUAUUAGGUGAAACCACAUGUGGAUCUUUGCUUCAACAAUUGCAGUUAAUAUGGGAUGAGGUUGGUGAGAGCGACGAGGAACGCGAUAAGAUGCUGCUUCAGUUGGAACAGGAAUGCCUGGAUGUUUAUAAGAGGAAAGUUGAGCAGGCUUCAAAGACAAGGGCCCUUCUUCUUCAGUCCUUAGCUGAUUCUAGAGCUGAGCUUUCCAGCGUUCUUUCUGCACUUGGAGAAAAGGCUUUUGCUGGCAUACCUGAUAAGUCCUCUGGCACAAUCAAGGAGCAACUAGCAUCUGUUGCACCACUUCUAGAGGAGCUGUGCAUACAAAAAGAGGAAAGGAUAAGAGAAUUUGCUGAUGUGCAAUUGCAAAUUGAGAAAAUUCGUGAAGAAAUUGCUGGAACUUUGAAAAUUGGACAGCAAAUUGAAACACCAAUAGUUGACAAGGAAGAUCUAUCGUUGAAGAAGUUAGGAGAGUACCAAUCACAACUUCAAGAACUUCAGAAAGAAAAGGGUGAUAGGUUGCACAAGGUUCUUGACUUCGUUAGCACAGUGCAUGAUCUCUGUGCAGUUUUGGGGUUGGAUUUUUUCAGUACUAUAACAGAAGUUCAUCCUAGUUUGAAUGACUCUGUUAGCGUACAAUCAAAAAGCAUCAGCAAUGAUACAUUGUCCAAGCUCUCUACAAUGAUUGUAGCACUUAAAGAAGAUAAAAAAAUGAGACUACAGAAGCUUCAAGAUCUAGCUGCUCAACUCACUGAUCUUUGGAAUUUGAUGGAUACACCAAUGGAGGAACGUGAGUUGUUUAGCCAUAUUACUUGUAACAUUUCUGCAACAGUAGAUGAGGUUACUGUUCCUGGAGCGCUGGCCCUGGAUUUGAUUGAACAGGCUGAAGUAGAAGUCGAAAGAUUAGAUCAAUUAAAGGCAAGCAAGAUGAAGGAAAUAGCUUUCAAGAAACAAACUGAAUUAGAAGACAUUUAUGCUCGGGCUCACAUAGACAUUGAUCCUGCAUCUGCCAGAGAGAAAAUAUUGGCUCUAAUUGACUCUGGAAAUGUUGAACCAUCAGAAUUACUUGCAGAAAUGGAUAGUCAGAUACUGAAAGCUAAGGAGGAAGCCAUGAGUAGGAAAGAAAUAUUGGAUAAAGUUGAAAAAUGGAUGUCAGCUUGUGAGGAAGAAAGUUGGCUUGAAGACUACAAUCGGGAUGACAACAGAUAUAACUCAAGUAGAGGUGCACAUUUAAAUCUCAAACGUGCAGAAAAAGCUCGCAUAUUGGUUAACAAGAUUCCAGCUCUUGUUGAUACUCUGGUUGCUAAGACUCAUGCUUGGGAGGAGGAUCGUGGCAUGCUAUUCAUGUAUGACAGUGUUCCGCUCCUUGCUAUGCUAGAGGAAUAUACCAUGCUAAGACAGGAAAGAGAAGAAGAAAAACGAAGACAGAAAGAUCAGAAACGCAUCAUUGAGCAACAUACCACCGAACAAGAAUCUGUCUUUGGCUCAAGGCCUAGUCCAGCACGCCCUCUCGGUUCAAAGAAGGUGGUCGGUCCCCGUACGAAUGGAGGCGCAUCAAAUGGGACUCCUAGUCGAAGGUUAUCUCUCAAUGCACACCAGAGUGGCGGCAAUGGUGCUAGAUCCAUGAGCCGGGACGGAAAGAGAGACAGCAAUAGGGCAGUAGCUCCGGCGAAUUAUGUUGCCAUAGCCAAAGAGGAUGCAGCCUCCCAUGUGCCUGCUACUGACCAACUUCCUGCUACACCAUGAGAUUUCCUUUUUUUAAAAAAAAUCACAUAUCGUACGAGUUACUGGUGAUCAUGUUAGGUUAUGAUAAACUACUGGAGAGUAAUUAUUGGCGAGGUUAGAAGCUGAACUGCUUGGUUUGAGAAAGUCUCGUUCUUGAUAAAUUAUUCUGUUAGCUUCGUAAACAUAUAAUAUUCGUUACUGUAAGAUAUUCUGGUAGCAGUAAGGAUUCUGUAGUUUGUACAUUUUUAUGUAAGGGCAUCUGAGCUUCUGUAGAUGUGAAAAUGCCUUGUACGAUCAGUGAUUCCAUUUUGCUGUCCGAGAUAUUUGUAAUGAACUGCACCUUUUAUUUUA